AUGCAAAACGACGAAAUUCCGGUCGUGAACGAUCCCCGGACCUUAAAAAGAAACAUUGAGGUUACAGAUGUGCCCACAAUAGAUAGUGAAGUGAGGACUGUUCUCAGGAAAUUGGGGGAACCCAUCACAUUCUUUGGAGAAGGGCCAUCUGAGAGACGAGAGCGUCUACUACGAUUUUUGCAAGAGCGACCCCACACAAACAUUGAAUUCGCUGAAAUAGAACAGACUGAAGAUGAGAGUAUGGCAUCAGAAGAUGAAGAUGACGAUGAGGAGUUUUACACGCCGGGCAGCGAGGAGCUAGAAGAUGCUCGCAAGAAGAUUCUAAAGUACUCGGUAGACCGUGCGAUUGCCAGAGUAAACAAAGAGAAGGAGGAGGCAAAGACGUAUGAUUCGUUUAAAGUUCUCAAACACAGGCGUUACAUCAACAGUACAUUAGGCGAUUAUGAAUUGAACGGGACAGAUGUUCUUAAAGGCAAUACCCGUGCAAUAUCGGUUGUGAGAGCCAACUGCGAUGACACGGUGAUCGCAUGCGGGUCAUGGGAUGGGAACGUUUACCUUCUCAAAAGGGACGAGGAGAAUUUACUCUCUCAGAAGGGAAAGUCGGGAAGUGGAUACCAUACGGAGAAAGUCAGUGCUCUAGAUUGGCACCCCACCGACUCUACCAUUCUCGCUACUGGUGGUGCAGAAGGUUAUGUUAAUCUAUGGAGGUAUAAUGAAGAUGAGAUUGUCAAACCUCAACUCAAACUCAAAGCCAGUGAAAGAAGGGUACCAAAGGUUGCAUUCCAUCCCAGCGGUCACUAUUUGGCGAGCACAUCGUUUGACCAAACGUGGAAGUUUUGGGAUAUCGAGAAAGAACUAGAACUUGUUGAGCAAGAAGGUCAUUCCAAGGAGGUCUAUGCGUGUGCCAUUCAUCCCGACGGGAGCCUCAUAGCAACAGGUGAUCUUGAUGGUGUUGGCAGAGUAUGGGAUUUGAGAUCAGGGAGAUCUAUUGCUGUUCUCAAUGGCCACAUUCAGGGCUUAUAUUCUAUGGACUGGUCACCAAACGGUCAGCAUCUCGCAUCAGCAAGUGGUGAUUGUUCAGUCAAAAUAUGGGAUAUGCGGAAGCUCACCAGUGUCAACGUAGAUACCCAGUUGUUUCUGAUCCCAGCGCACACUAAGCUAGUAAGCGAGGUUAGAUUCUUUCAAAAUAAUCUGGGCCCAUUGGCAAUUGCAGUGACAGACGAAAGUGACGAAAACCCUUCGACCCUAAACGUUGCGGGAACGUUCUUAGCCACGAGCUCUUAUGACGGGACGGUAAAACUAUGGUCGGCAGAUAACUGGAUAAACGUGCUGACACUUAAAGGUCAUAAUGAUAAGGUAAUGAGCUGUGAUAUUGGGAAACAGGGAACGUACAUUGUGAGUUGUGGAUGGGACCGCACAGUCAAGACCUGGUGUAAAUUGUAG